AAUUUCCCAGCCGCCACAUUUGAAAUCAAGCAGCCAAAGUAUAAGCACUCCAAGCAAGAGGAAAAAGAUCUAAAGUGACAGUUAAAAAUUUUAUUAGAAGUGAAUAGAAAGCUAUAUUAAAAGUGUGAAUCAAAUUAAAUUUAUUAGAAGUUAAGAGAAGCGUAUCAACGGCCAAUCUUUAAUUUAAAAGCAAUACAACAGCAAAGAUGCCAGCCAUUGGAAUCGAUCUGGGCACCACUUACUCCUGUGUGGGUGUCUUCCAGCACGGCAAGGUGGAGAUCAUAGCCAACGACCAGGGCAACCGCACCACACCAUCGUACGUGGCUUUCACGGACUCGGAGCGCCUGAUUGGAGAUGCCGCCAAGAACCAGGUGGCCAUGAACCCGAGGAACUCGGUGUUCGACGCCAAGCGGCUGAUUGGACGCCGCUUUGACGACCCUAAAAUCCAGGAGGACAUGAAGCACUGGCCUUUCCGCGUCGCCAACGACAACGGCAAGCCCAAGAUGAGCGUCGAAUUUAAGGGCGAGGAGAAGUGUUUCGCCCCGGAGGAGAUCAGCUCUAUGGUGCUUACAAAGAUGAAGGAGACGGCCGAGGCCUACCUAGGAAACCCGGUCAGGGACGCAGUCAUCACAGUGCCCGCCUACUUCAACGACUCCCAGCGCCAGGCCACCAAGGAUGCUGGUGCCAUCGCCGGUCUGAAUGUGCUCCGCAUCAUCAACGAGCCCACUGCCGCAGCAUUGGCCUAUGGGCUGGACAAGAAUCUUAAGGGGGAGCGCAACGUGCUUAUCUUUGACCUGGGCGGCGGAACCUUUGACGUCUCCAUCCUGACCAUUGACGAGGGUUCCCUGUUCGAGGUGCGCUCAACGGCCGGAGACACCCAUCUGGGUGGCGAAGACUUUGAUAACCGUCUGGUCAACCACCUGGCCGAGGAGUUCAAGCGCAAGUACAAGAAGGACCUGCGUUCCAACCCGCGCGCUCUUCGUCGUCUCCGCACGGCGGCUGAACGAGCCAAGCGCACCCUAUCGUCUAGCACUGAGGCUUCUCUCGAGAUUGACGCCCUGUUCGAAGGACACGACUUCUAUUCCAAGGUGAGUCGCGCCAGAUUCGAGGAACUGUGCGGCGAUCUCUUCCGCAACACGCUGGAACCCGUGGAGAAGGCCUUGAAAGACGCUAAGAUGGACAAAAGCCAGAUCCACGAUAUAGUCCUGGUCGGAGGCUCGACGCGCAUUCCCAAGGUGCAGAACCUGCUCCAGAGCUUCUUCGGCGGCAAGAGCCUAAAUUUGUCCAUCAAUCCGGACGAGGCGGUGGCCUACGGAGCUGCAAUUCAGGCAGCUAUUCUGUCGGGUGACGAGAGCAGCCAGAUCAAAGACGUGCUGCUGGUGGACGUCGCUCCCCUUUCGCUCGGAAUCGAGACCGCUGGCGGAGUGAUGACCAAGCUGAUCGAGCGUAACAGCCGCAUACCGUGCAAGCAGUCCAAGACUUUCACCACGUACGCUGACAACCAACCGGCGGUAACCAUCCAAGUAUUUGAGGGCGAGCGUGCUUUGACCAAGGACAACAACGUGUUGGGCAACUUCAACCUGACGGGAAUUCCACCCGCUCCCAGGGGAGUGCCGAAGAUCGACGUCACCUUCGACCUUGACGCUAAUGGUAUUCUGAAUGUGACCGCCAAGGAACAGGGCACUGGCAACGCCAAGAACAUCACCAUCAAAAACGACAAGGGUCGUCUCUCGCAGGCGGAUAUAGAUCGCAUGCUAAGUGAGGCUGAGAAGUACGCUGAGGAGGACGAGCGGCACCGUCAGCGGAUUGCCGCCCGCAAUCAACUGGAGAGCUACGUGUUCGGUGUAAAGGAAGCGGCCGAACAAGGAGGCGAUCGCAUCAGUUCGGCGGACAAGAGUAGUGUCCUGGAGCGGUGCAGUGAGACGGUGAAAUGGCUGGACAGCAACACCACAGCCGAGAAGGAGGAAUUCGAGCACAAGCUAAAGGAGCUGACCCAGUUCUGCAGCCCCAUCAUGACCAAGAUGCACCAGCAGGGAGCUGGGGACGGACAGGCCCGGAAUUGUGGACAACAGGCGGGCGGCUUCAAGGGCCCCACCGUCGAGGAAGUCGACUAAGUAACCCAGUUAUCAAACUAGAAAGCCGCUUAUGUAGAUCUCAUAACCAAAAGUCCUCCUGGCCAGAUACUAAGAUUAUUUUAGUUUCCGUAUGCUACUAAGUUGUAUUUAAUAAAUAUUAUUUAUGAUUUGCCAAAACCUA